AUGGGCCCCUGCGGUCUGCUGGGGCAGUGGGUCCCCACACUGCCUCACUUCCCUAAAUGGGCAACUUCGCUUUUAGAACCCCAGGUCCCUGGCAGACCCAGGUGGCACAUCCUGUGUGGGCCUGGGCCCCAACCUUGGAUCCCUGGGGUGCCCUGGCCUGGUGCUGAGCCUGAGACUUUCCCAACUGGAUGGAGCUAUGGUCCCCAUGUUCCUGCUUCUGCCGCUGUGGCUCCAAGGCUGCGUCUCAGGUCGCCCUGCUGAGAACGUAUACACCAAAGUGAGGCUUCCUGAAGGGCAGACUCUGUCUGUGCAGUGCUCCUACAAGGGCUACAAAAACCGCGUGGAGGGCAAGGUUUGGUGCAAAAUCAGGAAGAAGAGGUGUGAACCUGGGUUCACCAGAGUCUGGACAGAGGGGCCCCGCUACUUGCUGCAGGACGAUACCCAGGCCAAGGUGAUCAACAUCACUAUGAUGGCCCUCCAGCGCCAGGACUCGGGCCGAUACUGGUGCAUGCGCAACACCUCUGGGACCCUCUACCCCUUGAUGGGCUUCCUGCUGGAAGUAUCUCCAGCCCCCGCAACUAAAAGGAACACUCCUCCCCCACAAUUGACUGACGUCCUUAAGAGCAGACAUCUCACAACAGUCCAAGCCUAUACCUCAGGCCCUCAGGCCCCUCUCAACUCUGAUGUGAUGGUGUUCACCCCUGGAUUCCUCACCUUGGCCAAACACUUGCCCUCUGCCAGACCGACCUCUAUGACAGGCUACAGCUUCACCAGUUCUAGCACCUCCCUGGGAUCCCAGACAGUGACUGCGUCUCCCAGCAGUGCCAGAGCCUCCUCUGCUGGCCCAGAACUCAUCUCCACCAAGUCUGGGCACCUCAGCACCAGAUCGCCCACCAUGACAACGUGCCACAAUGGAAGAUCUGUCCACAACAAAUUACCCUCCAUCAGGCACCAGGACCUUUACCCCACUGUGCUUGUGGUGGUGCUGACCGUCCUCCCAGUGCCUGUGAUGCUGAUCGUAGUCUAUGGGUUUUGGAAGAAGAAACAUAUGGGAAGCUACAGCAUAUGCAGCAAUCCUGCUAGACCCUGGAGGGACCCACCUAGAAGACCAGACCCUUUUGUUGAGGUCCUCUUCUCAAGAGGACCCAUGGCCUGGGAGGUUACACACCAGCUACUGCCCGUCCUGCUGGCACUCCUGGCCUCAGGUUCAUGGGCACAGAACAUCCGUAGUCUGGAGGGUGAGACAAUCUCUGUGAAAUGCAAGUACAGUGUCUACCAACGUUCACAAGUGAAAUGUUGGUGCAAGAGAACAUCAGCCAAUACGUGUGUCAUCAUAGUGGACAGUCGCAGGUCAGCGGCUAGGGAGUCUCGAUACUCCAUCCAGGAUGAUCGCAACUCUCUCAUCUUCACUGUCACCAUGACUGACCUCAGGGUAGAGGACUCCGGGUUCUAUUGGUGUGGAAUUCUUCGAUCUUCUGUGAUCACCAUUCUGAAAACCAUCCAUCUGGUGGUAUCUCGAGAUUCAAGAAUAUACACCACCAGUAGCACCAGGAGGACAACAACCACAGCCUCUGCCACCAGCCCACUCAUUGCCAGCGCCCCAGAAAAGUCCAUUGUUCUGGGUGUGGUGGUGGUCGUGGUCAUACUGCUGAUGAUUCUGGGGUUCGCUCUCCUCAUCGUCCUGUACCUCUGGAAAAUGCGAAGAAGACGCGGGAAAGGUGAGGCUGAAUCUCAUAAGAUCUCUGAUGAUGUUUCAGUCCAGAAGGAGGGGACAACUGCCUCCACUCAGCAGAUUGUCACUGAUGAAGACACUGAGACCAUCAGCUAUGCCUCCCUUAUCCACCUAAACCACUCCGGCCUGGAAGACUCCAUCUAUGUCAACACCCACUUCAACCUGAAGCCCACGCCUGACCCUUUUCUGUCUGUGGAAUAUGCCAGCAUCACAAGAAAUAGAUCUCAGCCCUCCAAGACGGCUUCUGCAGAGGGGAAGUCUGGGAACUGA